AAUCGAUUUGUGAGCCAACGGUUCAACUUGCCGUUUGCAUCGUAUCGAUGAGCCGCACCAAGAAGAGCGCCCGCCGCGGGAAGCGCACCACCGAUGUAGCCCCAGAUGCACCCAACAAGAAGCAGAAGAAUGAUGCCACCCAAGCUUCAGCUGCUGCUGCUCCUUCUGCAAGUGCGACUGCGAAUGGCGAGAAGGGCAGUCGCGAGUGGGCUGAGAGCACGCUGACAAAGCUGCUGGGCGGCAUGACAUUGGACACGUUCCUGUCCGAGUACUUUGAGAAGAAGCCGCUGCAUGUGCGCAAGGCGAAUAAGGGCGCAUUAUUUGGCAACAAUCUAUUCUCGCGCAAUAAAAUGCUUAAAGUCAUGGAGAAGCAGGCAGGUCUCAUGAGCUUCGGCAAGGACCUCACAGUCUGCAGAUACGUCAAUUCGGAGCGCGAGAACUUUGAGGGUGAGGACACUAAUGGACAUGCUACGAGCCGACAGGUGGCCAGUCUGCUGGACAUAGGCUAUAGCUGCCAGUUUUACCAGCCGCAGCGUUACGUAGACGGUCUGUACGAGCUGAAUGCAGCCUUUGAAGAAGUUUUCGGUGGUCUGGCAGGUGCAAGCGCGUACUUGACGCCUGCCAAUUCGCAGGCGUUGGCGCCGCAUCACGACGAUGUGGAGGUGUUUGUGAUACAGACGCAGGGCCGCAAGAAGUGGCAGCUUUACCACCCGCUGGUGGAGCUGGCAGGUGAACACAGCUCGGAUCUGGCGGAGGAUCAGAUUGGCGAGCCGUGGAUGGAGUUGAUUGUGGAGGAAGGUGACGUGCUGUACUUCCCACGUGGCGUUAUACACCAGGCAUGCACGGACGAUAAGGAAUUCUCCACGCAUGUGACCAUCUCGGUGUACCAGCACAACACUUGGGCUAACUUCCUGGAGGUGGCGCUGCCCCAUGUUAUCCGCCAAGCAUUCGACUCCGACGUCUCAUUCCGAAAGGGUCUUCCGGUCGGCUACUUGAGCUUCAUGGGUACCCAAUUCCCAGCAGACUCUGCGGAGGCCAAGGAGUUUAUGGCGACGUACAAGAAGCUGGUGGGCAAGCUUGCUGCUCAUGUCAGCGAAAAGGACUUGCAGGAAGCUGCUGACGAGGCUGCCCUCGAUGUGCUUGCAAACCGUCUACCACCGCCAAGGGGAAAGACGAAGAAGGAUGGAGAUGAAUCCGGCCCGAGUCCGCUUGACGGCAACGUCACCAUUUGCUUCAAGAACCGCUCUCAUAUCCGCUUGUCGAUAGGUGAAGACGAGAUGAAAGAGGCUUUUAUCGCCGUCUACUUCUCGUUGCACAACUGCAGGCGGCAUCACAUGGGCCUGUGCACAUGUGACGGUGGAGAUGGAGAUGAGGGAGGCGAAGGUGAAGAAGAAGAAGAAGAUGGUAGUGACGGUGGCGAGGAUGCUGAGACUGGCAGUGCUGACGGUGACCAUGGCGACAACCAGAGCGACGACGAAGACGAAGACCCCAGCGCUGCGCUAGGACAAAUGCCUCCUCAACCAAAGAGCAUCGUAUUCCCGGGAGAAUUGGCGCCUGCGCUCAUGAAGUUGUAUGCUGCCUCCAAGUCUGGUGCAUCGAUUGACGAGCUAGCAGAGGCUGCUACCGAUGAGACCGCAGUGCGCGGAAUGCUUCUACGACUGUGGUCUGAAGGUCUCUUGGAUGUCACGACGCAAUCGUAGCCAAACAACUAGAAUCAAUCACAAACAGUGUCCAUUUUGUUUUGAGAGGGCAAGCAUUUACCGUAGCCUCGCUACUUGUUCUGCUACUCCUUGUCCGUGUGCUCCUCUCGUCCUAACGUUUGCCAAUGUUCCUCUCCAUGAGCAGUACCACGUUGUAUUUCAUUUUGCCUGAUGGACACGACCGCCGGACAC